AUGGGUGACCAUCGGAGACGCGUUUUGGAUCUUUACAAACGGCUGCAGUACAUGGGCCGCGAAUAUCCCGGCGGACCGGAUAAAUUUCGGCAACGUUGCUACAACGCGUUCAAGCGACAAAGCACCGAAACCGAUCCGGAGAAGAUCGAAAAAGCGAUUGGAUUGGGCGAGUACGUUGUGAAGGAAAUCGAAGCGCUCUACAGUCUGCGAAAGUAUCGGGCGAUGAAGCGACGGUAUUAUGAUGAAAAGUAG